CAUUUAGUCUCUUCCUUCUCCACAUGUCAUUUCUCUUCCGCCACUUGUUGCUUUAAUAUCAGAAUUAUUUUGGUGCUAUUUACCGACGUGUUUUAUAGAAGAAUCUAUUCAUUUUCUUCUUUUAAGACAUUUUAUGCAUAUCCGAAAUUCUACGUGUUUGAUUAUCAAAGGACGACCAGUAUUAGAUGGCACAAAAGAUGAUGACUGUUGUGUAUGUUAUGGAGUUGGAAUUGGGAAUGGACCUUAUUAUUCUGAUGAUCCGAAUAUGGAUUCAUUAGGAGUUAUUGAAAAUUAUUGUAAAGUCUCUCAUCAUGUAGCACAUCGAGAUUGUAUGUUUAAAUGGUUGGGAAUUAGUGUUGUAUCGCGUUUAGGAUGGCAAAAUUCAAAUCUUAGAUUAAGACCGAUUCCUACUUGUCCUAUAUGUCGCGGGGAAAUAAUUUUUGAAGUUAUUCAAAAGAACUUAUUAGAAAAGGAGGAGAUAAUUGAAGGAAAAAAUAAAAAUAAUUGGUUGCGAAAACUUGGUGCAUUGAUCAAAGAUUGGCGUAACGUCAUGGACUGGCGUUGGAUCAUCGUGAGGGUUGAAGUUACAACUGUAUAUAUCUUAAUGGUUUGGAGAAUUUUGAAAUGGAGGGAAAAAAUAAUACGAAGUCUUACCUAUUAUAAUCGAAAUUUAACAAAUUCGUAAACUAGAAAUAAAUCAUCUCCUCCUCUUCCUCAAAGGCGGGAUCGGACAUUUCUUGUGUGAACCACAUUUCUCGAUAAAUACCGUCCUCUUUUUGCAUAAGAACAUCAUGAGUUCCUUG